AAUAUUAAUAAGGCGUGGGGGCGUGGCCUCUCGGUGGAGGAAGGCUCGAGUGAACAUGGAGGGUUAGUGCUGUCUGGAUCUGCGAAGGAGACGCGCUGUUUUAUUUUGCUUUGUUCCAACAUGGAGAUGAAGAAGAGGGUCCUCCUGGAGCUCAGGAACAGGAAACCUAAGGACGUGGCGGAGCUGGUGGUGGAUAACUGCCGCUCCAGUGACGGGGAGGUGGAGGGUCUGACGGAGGAGUACUCGGAGCUGGAGAUCCUCAGCAUGGUGAACGUGGGGCUCAGCUCGCUGUCCAAGCUGCCUGCUCUGCCCAAACUCAGCAAGCUGGAAGUGAGUGAUAACCUGAUCUCUGGAGAUCUGGACUCGCUGGUCGAGAAAUGUCCCAACCUGACGUACCUGAACCUGAGCGGGAACAAGAUCAAGGAGCUGAGCAGCAUCAAGACGCUG